CUCCGUACUAUCUCACGAUGGGCAAAUUGAAGGACCAGAGGAAGCAGGCUAGCACCUGCUCUCCCCUUGCUACAGCCCGCUCGCUAUAGAUUGGAUUGCGUGUUCCUCAUGCAGUUGGCACCUUGCACAAUGGACGUGCCUCGCCGCUGAUUAUAGAGGGCAGUACUCCGUACCGUACAAGUACAAAUAAGCCCCUUAUAGCGCGCAACAGCUGCUUCAAGCAGCGUGGUACAGGUGUAUUGUUCACCAACCCAGAGAAAACGUUUUUUUUUUCUUGAAUCUCAACAGUGGGCUACGAGAAAUAGGCUGAUCUAGCGGUGAUCCUACACGCGGUAUCGCCAUGCAGUUGAAUCUCCACCCCAUCCUUUGGAUAGGGCUUUUCUUCUACUACCACCAAGCUUACGCUCUCUUAGAAGUCUUUGAAGUGUAUCAACCUAUUUCCCUUGCAAGCGAUGGGCACAAUCAAUGUGCAGGAGAGGAGCGCGUCUUAGUGGACUACGACUUCGGGAAUAGUUAUUCUCUCCCCUAUGUUGGAUUGUAUGAGCCUCCUCGCUGCAAGUUUGACACCGUUCGCAUCAACCUUACUGUCACCUCGAUUGGCAGACAAUAUGAUCGUCUUGCCAUUUUCUAUCUUGGUGAUACUGAAUUAUGGCGUACAUCAACCGCGGAACCAACCAGCGAUGGCAUUAUCUGGACCUAUUUCAAAGACAUGUCACAAUUUAACACCCUCUGGAAAGAGAAGCAAAAGAUAAUAUUCGACCUGGGAAAUAUCAUCACUGAUGUCUAUACUGGGCAUUACAACACAACAUUGACAGCCUAUUUCUCCUACGAGGACAAUGUAAAGACGCCAGAUGCCAUCUUGCCUAUCUCUGCGAAAAGGUCAUCACAAAACGCGUCCAGCGACUUUGAGCUUCCAUCGGACAAUGCGACUGUACUUCACCGAUUCCCUCCGACUACUUCACGUGCUGUCGUUUCAAUCGCCGCCACUGGUCAAUCAACAGAAGAGUUUUGGUGGUCGAACGUCUUUACAUCCGACUCGUGGUCAUUCGAUAGCACCAUUGGGGAGCUGUACGGAUACUCCCCCUUUCGCGAGGUACAACUCUAUAUCGAUGGCAUGAUGGCAGGGGUGGUCUGGCCAUUUCCCAUUAUUUUCACUGGUGGUGUCGCGCCGGGUUUCUGGCGUCCAAUUGUUGGCAUUGACGCCUUCGACUUGAGGCAGCCAGAAAUUGACAUCACCCCGUGGUUACCCGUGCUGCUGGACAACAAGACCCAUUCUUUCGAAAUUAGGGUCACAGGACUCAACAUCUCUGACAGCGGAGCUGUCACAUUCUCUGAUACUGUUGGAUCCUAUUGGAUCGUGACUGGAACUAUUUUCUUGUAUCUGGAUGAAUCCGCACCCCAGUUAUCUCCUAGUCGCAAACCAAUUUCAACAGCUCCGCCACCGGAAUUCAAAGCGACGCGCAACCUUGUGCAGAAUGCAGCUGGGGGAAAUGAGACAUUGAUUUACUCCAUAACAGCGCAGAGAACCUUUACAGUUGAGUCUGCCGGUUAUGCGUGGCGUCAGAAUCUUUCCUACUCGAACUAUGGAACCUUGAACCAGCAAGGUCUGAGCCAGAGUAACCUCCAGCAUACUUCUGGACGCAACCAGCUCAUAGGAAGCAAAGUACUCAAUGAGGUCACAUUUGAUUAUCCUUUACUUUGUAACCAGACUUAUGAUCUGGACGAUGGGCUUACUAUAAUUGCUUGGAUGCGCAGAGGUCUUGACAUUGAAGCUACAGGAGGCCUGGGGAUCUCAACAUACACUCUUACCUCAGGCCCUCUGAACUUGCACACCGAGCAAUCGGGCACGGCUUUUUAUCAGUCAACUUCAGAUGAUAGUGCUUCGUACGGCGAGACAAAAGAUGUCUUUGAGAGCGACGCUAAUGGUGUCUCAUAUAGUCGGGAAGUACACGCGGUCAACGGCAGUGUGGUGUAUGAUGCAGGCAACUAAGAAUCUCUGAAGUAUCAUAAAUCACUAGUUGAUCCUUUUCUUAUACCGAAUUAGAUGAUCUGAGACCUUCGUGUAUGAUAGAAUUAACUAUUGAGAUACUUCAGCAGAUGGACAGUUCUUAUCGGCACGUGAGCUUAACUGAUAAGACAGCUCUUCUGUCGCCUCCUGAGAGCCCCAGCAGAUCAACUCAUACUGUGGCAAUCAAGAUAUGUAUAGCAAGAAGAUAGCAUGGCCACGGUAGAAACAGAACUUAAUUAUUCAG